AUGUUAUUUCCGGGGUUGUUGCCGUUUCUCUGGUUCGUGGCCACAUUUGCCGCUGUAAUCGUACCCUCAAAGUACUCGCUUACUAAUGAACAACUAAACUAUAUAAAAGAUGAUCCUGCAGUAACUCAUCUUGUCACCUUUGAAAUUCUGAAACGAGUAUAUGGCGCCGAUGGACCGCUUAAAUUGGGUUUUUUGGAGUUAGCACUCUUUGGCGAGCUCGUGCCAAUCACCGUUGAUAAUUUCGUCAAGUUGUCCAAUCAAACCUUUGGGUAUGGUUAUAAAGAAGCCAAGUUCCAUCGCAUCAUUAAAGACUUUAUGAUCCAAGGCGGAGACUACGAAAAUGGUGACGGCACAGGUGGCCGUUCCGUGUUUGAAACAGCAAAGUUCCCGGACGAAAAUUUUGUUGUCAAACACAAUAAAUUGGGGAGACUUUCCAUGGCAAAUGCUGGACCCAAUACCAAUGGAGCUCAAUUUUUCAUCACUACCAAGGAGGAUUGUCUGUGGUUAGACGGUAUACACGUAGUUUUCGGUCAGCUCGUAGGUGGGUUCGACACUUUACAGAAACUUAAUGUGGUGGAAACAGAUCAUGAUAGACCUAAAGAAGAAGUGAUGAUCUCUGGCAUUGACAUUAAAGAGGUCAAAGACAGCCGAAACGUUCACAAUGAUCUUGUUUUGGACACCGAAGUCGCGCCAGCUACAGGCUGGAACUACUCGCUAUUUAUUGUCUGCCUUGUGUUGGUUUGUGGGUUUCUUUAUUACACCAAGGUGAGUUACAAAAAACAGUAUAUUAUCGACAUCAAAGACUCCAAUUACUUUUAA